AGUUUCAAGCUGUUUUUUAUUUUUAUAUGGCAGGAUCAGUGAGAAAGGAUCUCACCAACGAGAGCCGACAAAAAUAUGGAGCGAUAUGCAACAGGAGACAAGACGAGAAGAAGCCCGACUUUACCGCAUGGAUUUGAAUGUUUACAUGCUAACUAAAUAUAGCCUGUAAAAAAUAGUUGUAGCUGUUACAGUCGACCUGCCUGCCUAAUCAGAGGACCAGAAUCGAAAGCAAUGUUUUUGAGAUCGAGAGAGUGGAUUAUGUUACAUGCUGAUUUGGAUAACCCUCGCGCUGCAACGGCAAGAUCUUUCCUACACUUGUUGAAAUUACAUUUCGAAAUCUUCUCCACGAGGGAAAGUAUUCGCUAAUGAAAACAUUGCUAACAACUAUAUUUGGGCAACGUUAGCAAAUAUUGUUUUAGUUUACAAAUCUUUAGCCAACGUAAGUUGCGCUUCUCUUCUGCUGUUCGUGUCGCGUUACGCGGUAGCUACUGUACGAGCUUGCUGCGUAGCUGUAAUUUUUAUCGAACAUUUUUAUACACUGCAUAAAAUGACAGUUUUGAUAGCUUUGAAGAGGUUGAAGUACUUAUUAUUUGUUAUUUAGCUACGCGUGUUGCCUCACUUGACAAUGCAUUGCUGGAUACGUCCUCAUAACGUUACUAUUUUAAGCUAAAUUGUUAAUGAAGAAAAUGGAAGUGACAGGUAGCUAGCUAGCACUGGCACUCUCUCACGCUAGCUAGUUAACAUAACUAGCUACUGAUUGAGUUUCAAACAAGUUGUUGGCUUAUUAGUUUAACUAACUAUUUACAAAGGUAAAUAUUUUCCAAUGCAUUGACAAUACGCUGGGAUGUAUAGAACUCAAUAACUUCGGUAAGCGUUACCUGCUGGCACCGUAAACACAUAUUUUGGAAUGUGUUUGUUUACAAACACUUGUCAGCUGAACUGUUCACUAUUGUUAACUUAUGUGGCUAUCAAGCUAACGUUAGCUAACACCGAAAAUUUGCCAACGCGACGAUUUGAAGCAGCACUGAUGGAUUCGCUAAAAGUGGACUGACAAUCAAAACCACACUCUCUAUAUUUGUGCCCCAAGCACUCGCUUUACAUUUUUUAAGUAACAUUUUUAAACUGUGCGGCCCACACCAUGUCCGGAUCCCCGGGCUCGGGUGGCUCAAACCCCAGGAAGUUCAGCGAAAAGAUAGCGCUGCACAACCAGAAACAAGCAGAGGAGACGCUGGCCUUCGAUCAGCUUAUGACAGAUCUCACUGUCUCAAGGGUGCAGUUCCAGAAGAUCCAACAGCUACGUCAGACCCAGACCAGGGCCCAGUACUAUGGAGGCUCCCUGCCCAACGUCAACCAGAUCGGCAACGCUAGCGCCGACUUCCAGGGUGGCUUCCCAGGGGCCUUGGACAGUGUCAGGGGGACACGUCACCAUGGCCUGGUAGAGAGGGUGCACCGGGACCGCAACCAACGCAUUAACUUGCCUCACCGCCGGCCCAUCGACAAGCACGGACGGCAGAUGGAGAGCUCCCCGUACGGAACCGUGUACCUGUCCCCUCCGCCGGACAACAACUGGAGAAGGGAGCAGCAGCUGUGGGCCGAGGAGAAACGACCAGGAUUUAGAUUAAUAUCACAGCUCAACAGAACCAACUCGGACUCAGCUCUUCAUACGAGUGCCAUGAACCCCCAGGACCCCUUUGGCAUGAACCAGCAGAUGGGCAGAGGGCCCCCCCAGCGCAACGCCAGUGUGAACGAGGCGGAGGUGGACGGCUCUGGAGAUGUGUUCUCCUUCCCAUCCCUGUCUAAUGAGGAGGGUCUGAUGGGUGUCAGCAAGCCCCUUCCCAAGCAACUGUGGGAGGCCAAGAAGGUUCAAUCCCUCUCAUCACGGCCCAAAUCCUGUGAAGUGCCUGGAAUCAAUAUAUUCCCGUCUCCAGAGCAGAACGCGGGCCUCUCCAACUACCAGGGCUCGUUGAACACGGGCGGUUCCCUGCCAGACCUCAGUAACCUGCACUUCCCCUCACCGCUGCCCACACCCCUGGACCCAGACGACGGGCACCACGGAGGGGGGGGCUACCACCCCAACCUGAGCGGGGGCAGCAGCACAGGCAACCUGCCCGCCGCCAUGAUGCACCUCGGCAUAGGGAAUCACCAGGGAGGCUGGACUGAAGGAGGUCUCUCGUCCUCUCUGAGCAAUCCUUCCAUCCAGAACUCUCUCCAAAACUCCCAGCUACACUCGUCCCUCAGCAAUCCCUCCAUCCACUCGUCCCUCCGUCUGACGUCCCUCUCCAACCCUCCGCAGGGAGCCAUGAGCAGCUCGCCUCGCCGCCGCCCGGCUCCCAUCAGCCCCCUCACUCUGUCACCCGGCACCGAGCAACGGCGGGGGCUUUCCAAGCAGCUGUCUCCCACAAUGUCCCCCUCACUGUCCCCCAUCACACAGGGGGUUGCCUUGGACACCAGCAGCUUACCAAUGGAGCCUCCACCUCCCUACCCUCUCUACCAACAGCUACACCAACAGUCCCAGCAUUCAAUGGGGCAACAACAACAACGCCAGCAACAACGUCAUCAUCAUCAUCAACAGCAGCCAGUGUCCCCUCUGCAGAACAUCUCUCUGGACUUCAACUCUGGUCAUAACAACAUGGCGGCGUUCUUCAAUGACCCGUUCAUGGACCCACAGUUCUCCAGUCGCCAGGCCAAGGCACUGUCCUACCAGGUAAACCACCGGGGAGAAGUCUCUAGAGAAGGAUCCUCCGGAAAGGACUUCAUUCCCUCAUUCACAUUGGACCAGUUCAGCAUGUUGGAGAGUGCCAUGAGCCAAAUUGCAGGCGGUUCGUGUUUCGACCCGUCCUCGCCCUCUUCCUCGCCCCUAUACAGCUCGCAGGCCGCCCUCAUGGGCCUGGGUGGGAGCCACGGCAACUUGCAGGACCAGCUGCAGCAGAUGAGACCCAACAACAACUACAACUGCAGUGGAGGGGUGCCCAAUAUCAUACUGACUGAUGACUCCAACCCCAGUCAUUCCAAGGACAUCAGCAGUGCCAUGUCGGCCGGCAACAUGGCUGACUGUUUCGACUCGGAGGUGAGCUUCCCACUGGAGGAUGAGCUGCGCAUCGAGCCCUUGAGCCUGGAUGGUCUGAACAUGCUCAGUGACCCCGACAUGGUGCUCUCUGACCCCUCGGUGGAGGACAGUUUCCGCAGCGACAGACUGUAAUCGGGCACGCACACAUACACACACAGACUGUAUAGGCCAGGUAGCGUGGGUUAAACUUGAAUGAUCCCCACCUCCCUCACACACUCAUGGCAUACGUAUGCAAUUUUUUAAGGCAUUUACAUACACACACACACUAUUAUAGAGGAAUAGACUUGUGUACAAUCCCUGUUUACAUGGGCUUCACAUGUAAAUGCCACACACACACACGCUCUUACCUACGUUGUGCAUAGUCAUUUGGAACGGAUGAACUGAUGUACCAUUGAUUGAUAUUAUUUUUAAUUUUUUACCAACAUUACAUCAGCACUGAGCAUUACUAUAACGUUACUAUAACGUUCCUAUAGUGUUCCUCCACCUAUAUACAGUUGAAGUCGGAAGUUUACAUACACUUAGGUUGGAGUUAUUAAAAUUAGUUUUUCAACCACUCCACACAUUUCUUGUUAACAAACUCUAGUUUUGGCAAGUCGGUUAGGACAUCUACUUUGCAUGACACAAGUAAUUUUUCCAACAAUUGUUUACAGACAGAUUAUUUCACUUAUAAUUCACGGUAUCACAAUUCCAUUGGGUCAGAAGUUUACAUACACUAAGUUGACUGUGCCUUUAAACAGCUUGGAAAAUUCCAGAAAAUUAUGUCAUGGCUUUAGAAGCUUCUGAUAGGCUAAAUGAGAUCAUUUGAAUCAAUUGGAGGUGUAUCUGUGGAUGUAUUUCAAGGCCUACCUUCAAAGUCAAGCAAAGAGGCACUGAGAUCAUGGGAAAAUCAAAAGAAAUCAGCCAAGACCUCUGAAAAGACCUCCACAAGUAUGGUUCAUCCUUGGAGCAAUUUCCAAAUGCCUGAAGGUACCAUGUUCAUCUGUACAAACAAUAGUACGCAAGUAUAAACACCAUGGGACCACACAGCCGUCAUACCGCUCAGGAAGGAGAUGCGUUCUGUCUCCUAGAGAUAAAAGUACUUUGGUGCGAAAAGUGCAAAUCAAUCCCAGAACAACAGCAAAGGACCUUGUGAAGAUGCUGGAGGAAACAGUAUCUAUAUCCACAGUAAAAACGAGUCCUAAAUCGACAACCUGAAAGGCCGUUCAGCAAGGAAGAAGCCACUGCUCCGCCAUGGGGACUAAGAUCAUACUUUUUGGAGAAAUGUCCUCUGGUCUGAUGAAACAAAAAUAGAACUGUUUGACCAUAAUGACCAUCGUUAUAUUUGGAGGAAAAAGGUGGAGGCUUGCAAGCCGAAGAACACCAUCCCAACCGUGAACCACGGGGGUAGCAGCAUCAUGUUGUUGGGGUGCUUUGCUGCAGAAGGGACAAGUGCACUUCACAAACUAGAUGGCAUCAUGAGGAGGAAAAUUAUGUGGAUAUAUUGAAGCAACAUCUCAAGACUUGGUUGCAAAUGGACAAUGACCCCAAGCAUACUUCUAAAGUUGUGGCAAAAUGGCUUAAGGACAACAAAGUCAAGGUAUUGGAGUGGCCAUCACAAGUCCUUGACCUCAAUCCUAUAGAAAAUGAGUGAGCAGACCUGAAAAAGCUUGUGCGAGCAAGGAGGCCUACAGGAAUGGGCCAACAUUCACCCAACUUAUUGUGGGAAGCUUGUGGAAGGCUACCCAAAACAUUUGACCCAAGUUAAACAAUUUAAAGGCAAUGCUACCAAACACUAAUUGAGUGUAUGUAAACUUCUGACCCACUGGGAAUGUGAUGAAAGAAAUAAAAGCUGAAAUAAAUCAUUCCCUCUACUAUUAUUCUGACAUUUCACAUUCUUAAAAUAAAGUGGUGAUCCUAACUGACCUAAGACAGGGAAUUUUUACUAGGAUUAAAUAUCAGGAAUUGUGAACAACUGAGUUUAAAUGUAUUUGGCUAAGGUGUAUGUAAACUUCUGACUUCAACUGUAUAUUAGCUGUGCAGUGUCUAGUCCUUCAGCUCAAAGACCGCUGGCCCCCCCACCAGCCUUCCUCUGCCCAGCUGCUGCCACAGCCUCACACCAGCGCACACACAGCCAUCUGACUCUGCCACAGGGCCCUUACUGACUGCCACAGACUGAGAGGGCAACAGGUGUCAUCAACAGAGGGAGGCUGCAGGACAAUCCGUACUCAUUGACAGUGCUUAGUGCUCGGAUCCUGAUUCUUCAUGGGUUGUCCUCCUCACUGCCACAUUUCCUCCAGAAGUUCUGGACCAGAGCUGGUCAAAUCAGAGCAAGACAAUUGGAUUAUGUUCCAGAGCAAAAGGAACUGUUCUAGAACAGGAGUUUUGCUCUGGAACCUUUUGGAGCCCGUGAUCUAGAAUACAACAUGUAUUAUAUCAAAUGUUCUAUGUUCUAGAACAGGACACAUUGUGGAACAGGUGGAGACUACGUUCCAGAACAGGACACAUUCUCAAGCAGGAACAUCUCACGUUCUAGAACAUGGGGAUGCUGUUUCCUAGAACAGCAGCUGAUGUUCUUGGACCCUGAGAGGGUCUGCUCGGGGGUUCUGUCUGUCUCCAGUUCAUACCGCUCCGCUCAAUCUGUGCUCAAACAGCACUGCAGACAUGGCAACAUCCAUCACCAAGUCACAUUGGUUACACAACACCAUAGGAACACCCAUGUCAUGGUAACUGCCCGAUCGCCAUGCUGAGCAGCACCGGGAGCGUUUACACACAACAACGGCUGUUCCUCCCGCCAACAUGCAACUCUGAGGAAUUUGCACCUGGUGUUUGAGGAAGAGCCAGCACUGGUAUGGUUCUACUACUAUGCCAGUACCUUGUUAGCACUGUGCUGGUAUGGUUCUAGUACAAUGACACCAGUACAUCCCCUGACAGCCAUGUUCCCCUCUGUGGCCCGGCCCAAUGACAGCCCUCUACUUGGCCGUACACCCAAACUAACAAUCAUGGUAGAAAUGAAGAGGAGGGAUCGAUAUGUCUAUCAUUCUGCACAGAGCAUUAUUUUUCAAUGUCUUUGCUAUAUACAGUCCUGGUAUAUUUUUCUGUAAAAAGUUGUUUGCCACAUAUAUAAUAUGCCUCGCUAUAAGUGCAGUCUGACUAGAAUGUAUUUUUCAAACGAGACAAAAAAGGCAAACUGUUUACAAGGAUAAGAUUUUAGUAUGUACAAUUAUACUUAAUAUGAGGAUACGUUUGAAUUUGACAUUUUGGUAUAAUUAUAAAAGAAAAAUAAAUUGUGUGUGUAUAUAUAUA